AACGGGCGCGCCUAGGUUUUUAUCAGCGCUCUGAAUGGGUAGUUUAUCUCGGAUCGGGUUGGCCGCUACUGGAGACUGCUGUGCCACUCGCGGUUAGCGGUUUUCAUUCUCUCGGGCCUUUAUUUCGCUGCUGCUUGAUGCCAUGCCUGCUACAAAGAAGAAUCCUGAGCACAAUCGCGUUGGGAUUGUAUUCAACAAGUUGAUGAAGCAGAUUGAAAGUCCUGUUGAUUUCGAGCUUCCGGAUUGGUUUAACAAAUGGAAGCCUACGCCCUACACCUUUAUAAAGCGCAAUAUAUAUCUCACGAAAAGGAUUAAAAGACGCCUCGAGGAUGAUGGAAUAUUCUGUUCCUGUUGUCUUUCACCUGGAUCUUCUGGUGUGUGUGAUAGAGAUUGCCAUUGCGGGAUGCUUCUAUCUAGCUGCUCCUCUGGCUGUAAAUGUGGGAGUUCAUGCCUCAACAAACCAUUCCAGAGCCGACCUGUGAAGAAGAUGAAACUGGUGAAGGUAUAAG